AUGGACAGAAAUUCAUGGGAUUUUGCCAGGGCGGGAACCGACUUUCCAGCGGAGUUGUCGACCGGCGUGUCCGGGCAGGUGAGGUUUUAUCAUCAACGGACUCGUUCACACAUGAUGGAGAAGGCAAAGGCGGUAAUCGCGUUAUAUUACGGCCUAGCCGGCAUGACCGGCGAGCAAGCAAAAGCCCGUGUCGAUUACCUCCUGACAGAUGACCGUUUCAAUUGUGAUCCCACUCAUUACGAGCCCGCGCAAUGGCAUUUCGCCGCACCUCAAAUACCGCGUUUUAUCGUCUACGCCUACUAUAAGACCAAUCGUGGGAUUGCCGUCAACCAUCCGGAAUUUGAGAGUUGUAUCAACCCGUCUUUUAUCUGCCUGGUUUCUACUGUACUUUACCAUGCGCUGAGAGUCCAAGUAAUUGGAGGCAGCAACUGGAAGAAUGGUGUCUUCAAUAAGGACUAUUGCGGCGUAAUUUUCGAAAGGCACAUGCGCACAUGGAAGAGGUCCUUCCCCGACGAUGAGACGUCAAAUCUAGUACUGAAGGGGAUUCGACACGAGAUAUUGAAACGGAUUAAGAGGACAAACUGCUGCAGAAUUACCGCUAAGGAGAGCAGGGAGGCAAUUAUUGACCCUGGAGUAGGCAGCUUUUUGGAGGGUCUCCGAUCCAAGCUCAGUACGGAGACUGACGACGACGAUAUGGGGUCCGACGAGGCAGGCGACCCGCCGUUUGACGAUGACGACGGGGAGGAGGGCAAUGUCACUCCACCUACAGUCGGGGACUACGUAGUCGAUGCAGAAAGCCAGAUAGAUGGGACUAUUGGAACAAUUACCGGGAUUAAUGUAAAUAUUGAAAACGACGUAGAGAGAGAUGUCAGUAUGACGCACGGUGGAGAAGAGCGCUCGGGAGAAGUGGUCAGAAGACGGAGAGGGAGACUGCGCAGGAGCAAAGUACAAAGGGACGACUUCCAUAGACCAAGAUGCGAGCAUAAUGGUAGAGGGGCUACCUCCUAUGUCCAGAAGACGAGCUCGUCUUUAGACGUCGUGACGACGUCUUUGAGGGAUGGGAGAAGGUUUUCGUCUUUAGCCUUCGCGACGUCGUCGGUUGCCCAAGAGACGCAGGGCUCUCGUCGCAGGGCACCCAGGUGUCGGUAUGCAGGCAUUUCAAUCCACACCAAGCGCACCAUUGCUUUAGUAGGCAAUGCAACACCUAGUAGAAAGCUGGCGCAAAUUAUGGUUGAGAAACUGGGCCUUGCCGCUGAAGAAUCAUCAGCAGAGGUAGUUGUCCUACGGCAGGAGUUAGCAUAUUUGAGGAAGAAAGAAAAAGCAAAUUCCGACUCCUCAAGGGUACAAAGUAGAGCUGUUCUCUCCAAAGCCCUCAUAGUUACUACAGAUGAGGUUGUACGUCUGCGCAAUCAAUGGGAGGAAAAGCAAAAGCUCACCGCUGCGAGAGCUAUAGCAAAAGAGUUGAAGGCAGCGGAGAGGACAUCAAAGAGCACCGAGACAGACUGCGCCGAGCCCGCAAAUCUCGGCAGGAAACUCACCAAGGUUAGAGGCCGUCCAAAGAGACAGCUUCCAAUUGAGGAACCGGCUGAACCUGUGACUCAAGACCCUGAAGGCUCAGAGUGCGAGUGGGAAGAGCUGGAAGCGGAUAGGUGCACCCCUACAAAUAUCACAACCCAAAGUGGUAAGAAAAAUGCCCGGAAAAUGAAAAUAUAUGUUGUAAAUAAUAGUAGUAAUAGUCCAAAGCCGGGGGAUUCUGUUAGGAGACUUAGAUCUAGAAAAUAA